GGAAGGCAUCAGUUGUGCAAGAGAAGGUCGCUAAACCACGAUGAUCGGAAGACUGGCUGCUUUCAUUCUUCUCAGUACAUUGUGCUUGUCUCAAACUACAAACGUUCCUCACCAGAUCGCUUUGACUGUGGCUGAACUGGGUGAUAAUUUGACUCUGACAUGUCCGGUCCCUAAUGAUAACAGUGGGUUCUUUUACUGGUAUAAGCUGAAGUUUGGAUAUAUGGUCCAAACUGUUGCAGGAGGAACUCUUCCUAAAAUAUCGCUUCAAGGACAAUUUAACAACGCGAGAUUCACACUGACAAAGAUGAACGAUAUGUAUGUUCUUAACAUCCUAAAUGUUAGCAAAGGAGACGAAGCGACAUACUUCUGUCAAGGAGGAACAGUAUAUGUACUGGAAUUUAUGAACGGCACCGUUUUGGCUGUGAAUGAUCAUAAAAAUCAGCAGAAGUCGGUCUACGUGAAGCAAAGUCCGGAGACCGAGUCGGUCCAGCCGGGCGGCUCAAUGACUCUCCAGUGUUCAGUUCUCUCCAGGGACAAAGAAAACAGAGUCCAGUGUCCAGGUGAACACAGCGUGUACUGGUUCAGAUCUGCAUCAGGAGAAUCUCAGCCAAGCAUCAUUUACACUCACAGCAGCGAUGAAGAGGAGGAGAGGAGCUGCGUCUACAGUCUGUCCCAAACUGUACGAGACUCCUCUGAUACUGGGACUUACUACUGUGCUGUGGUCACAUGUGGACGGAUCCUGUUUGGUGAAGGAACUAAAGUGGACACAAGACAAGAGCUGUGCCCACUUGCCAUUGUUUUUGGGACCCUGCUGGCCUGCUGCGUGAUUGUGAUUGUUGCUCUAAUGACAAAUCAAAAGCCAAUUUGUGGACAUUGCAGAGGAGAACACGCUGAACGUGACAGAUCGGCUGAGGAUCAACCAAAUAACCUGGAUGGUGAAGAAGCACUGAACUAUGUAGCGCUGGAUUUCUCACGAAAGCGAGAGAGAUGGAUGAAUAGCAGGGAGUUACCACAGGAGUGCACGUACUCUGGCAUGAGAGACGGUCAAUGACGUGCUGUCCCCAAGAAGAAUGAACAUCUAAUGUGUACAGAUACUUCUCAUGCAGCUGUGAUUCCUGUUUGAAAUGAGAUGUCGAUGAUGAUUCUUUAGUAAUGUUACUGUUAAUAGCGUUAUCAGAAAUAUUAGGAGAGAGGAAGCACUUGUUUUGAGAUGGUGACUGGUUGAGCGAAGAAUAGAUAUUUAUAUUUAUUAUUUUUAAUAUUGUUUUAUCAUUAUCAUUCCCUGUCAAAUUGAUCUUGAAUAAUCACUCUGAAUUUCUGAAUGAAAUAUGAAUGUAAGACAAAUGUUCUUUAUAUUGUGAUUUACAUCAUUACAUGUACAUUUCUUCCA